CUGAGUGACUGCGCCCCAUCCGCAACUAAGUUCUGAUUUUUAUUAAAAAAUCCUCUAAUCUGAGUCAAUUUCUUCUUUAACUAAUGCAGUCGCUCAAGUAAAAGCGGAUGAUUUUUGAAUGAAUGGACCAGAGAGACUGUUAUGCUCGAUAAGAGCAGCUCUCGGUUAUUCUUUUGCACUUUAACCUCACAAUACAGCAUUCAGCGGACAUGUGGGAAUGGCAGAUUUUGAGUCUCACAGGCUUCAUCUCUCUAGUUCUUUUUCUCGUAGCUGUAUGUUAUAUUUUGUACUCUGGACUGACCACUGAAAUCCACAUCAGGACUGGUUUACCUCCGGUCAGGAGCAUCACUGUAGCCUAUAAAUACAAAGUGGGACCUUAUAAAGACUGUGGGUCGCUGUUCAGAGAGAGCUGCAGCAUUGGACCCAAGCUGCCAUGCAUAGGGAUCUUUUAUGAUGAUCCAAAGAAAGUUCCAGCACAGAAGUGUCGCUAUGCGGUGGGCAGUAUUUUGAGUGAGGAUGCACCCAAUGAGGAACAGCAGCAGCUGUAUGAGAAGCACGGCUUCCGGGUUUUCUCUUUCCCAGAGGUCACACAUGUCGUCACAGCAUCCUUCCCUCACCGAACCCCUCUCUCUAUUUUCCUGGGGGUGCAGAGGGUUUAUCCACAGCUGAACUGCUACAUCAAGCAUUAAGCUGAAAGUCCACAAUCAAACAACCAAAGUGGCCAUGAACUUCUUGGAC